UUAGACAAGUGUGGCAACAUUGUGACAUGGCUAGGCCUAGAAUCAAACAUCCCCACAGUAUUUUUCCCGCACCGCAAUCAUUGCACCAUGUGACGUGAUCUACAUCGAAAAGUGGGACACCAUGUGCUCCUGUGUUUCCAAAGAUUCCAAACUGUUCCCAAACACUGCUUUUACCGAACACCACUAACCUCACCUACUAUUCGAGUUUUUAAUUACUCCCUCCUUCCAUCUAUAUAGGCUUAAUGCGUUUUUCGAGGCUAACUUUAAUUAAAUACUAGAUCAACAAUAUAUGACAUGCAACUUACACAAAGCAUACGGUCAAAUUCAUAUAUGAAAGAAGAGUUCAAUGAUAUAACUUUCAUAUUAUGCAUGUCAUGGACUAUUAAUCUUUUUAAUAGUCAAAGACCGUCUUGAAAAACGCAUUAGGCCUUAUAUAGAUAAAAGGGGGAGUAGUACCUACCGAAUACUAUAGUACAGUAGUAUAUUCAGAAUCUCAAAAUCAACUGUGCAAUUUUGUCAUGAAUUUUGUGUUGUUUUUCACCAGGGAUUCGGCAUGGAGGACGGCGUGUUCUGCGGCGUGUUCGACGGCCACGGCAGGUGCGGCCACUUGGUGAGCAAGCUGGUGAGGGACUACCUCCCCUUCAUGGUCCUGAGCCACCGGAACGCGCUGCUCCUGGCGGACGCGGACGCGGACGCCGACGACCCCGUGUUCAGCGACGCCUCGCCGUCGUCCUCCGCGGACAGCAGCGGCAACUCGUCGCCGCACCCGUCGCAGAUGCUGGGGGAGUGGAGGGAGGCCUGCACCAAUGCGUUCAAGGCCAUGGACAACGAGCUCAAGCUGCAGGCCAACAUGGACUGCAACUUCAGCGGCACCACGGCAGUGUGUGCCAUCAAGCAGGGCAAGGAUCUGAUCAUUGCCAACCUCGGAGACUCGAGGGCGGUUCUUGCGACCAUGUCUGGGGCCGGCUACCUCAAGGCCGUACAGCUCACCACCGACCAGAAGCCCGGCCUGCCUGAGGAGGCGGAGAGGAUCAAGAGGUGCGAGGGGCGCGUGUUCGCGCUGAGGGAGGAGCCGGGCGUGAUGCGGGUGUGGCUGCCCGGCGAGAACCUCCCGGGGCUGGCCAUGGCGCGCGCGCUGGGGGACUCGAGGCUGAAGCACCACGGGGUCAUCUCGACGCCGCAGGUGACGGGGCACCGGAUAGGCGACGCGGACCUGUUCAUCAUCCUGGCCACGGACGGGGUGUGGGACGUGCUGAGCAACGAGGAGGUGGUGUCCAUCGUGUGCGCCACGCCGCGGAAGCAGCACGCGUCCAAGGCCGUGGUGGAGGCGGCGGUGCAGAGGUGGAAGACCAAGUACCCGUCCUCACGGGUGGACGACUGCUCCGCGGUCUGCCUCUUCCUGCACGACCACGGCGCGUCGGCGCCGCAGCGGCCAGGAAGCUCUAGCUAGCCGGCGCUCGAGGAGAAGGAGAGGGGUCAAAGAUAAGAUACUCUCAGGCUCCGGCAAUAGGCCGGCUGUUCAGCUCCAUUUUGUACAUGGUUUUCCUUCUUUUUUUGCCGGGGUUUUGCUUUUCUUUUUUUUGCAAAUGUGAUGCAAAUACUUUUCUAGGUUUGUGUAAGUGUAACAUAGUUUCGGCUCAAGAAAAAUACUGCCCGCGGACUCCCUGCGGAUCCUCGGGCGGACGGCUAUCAA